AUGGCAAGUGAUUUGAGUCCAUUUUCAGGGCUGAAGAAGCCUUAUCAGGCCGCCCUGAAUGCAGACUGGGACGCCAUGAAGAGCUUCUACGACAAACACCCUGAGCGUGUCGUUCGUCCUCUGACGAUCGACGGGCUCACUGCGCUUCAUAUUGCAGGAUAUAAUAGUGAAGGAACGGAACUGCUUCAGCAUUUGCUUGGUCUCCUACCAUCCUCCGAGAUAUCGCUUGCUAUAUCUAAGAAGAGCGAUCACAAUAACAACGUUUUUCACGAGGUCGCCUCCACCAACAAUGUUGCAUCUGCAAAACUCUUGAUUAGUAAGCUCUCUGAAAACAAUUUGCCCGAUCUGAAAAACAUACUCGAGGAUCGUAAUCAAAUUGGUGAAACCCCGCUGUUUAGGGCCGCUGCCCUUGGUCAGAUACAGAUGGCCAAAUUUUUGGCUAAAUUAGUUGGGGAUACAAGUCCUCACUUCCAUAGACAUGACAGCAUGUCUAUUCUCCAUGCUGCUGUGCUAGGCCAACACUUUGAAACCGCCAUUUGGUUACUCGGAAAGGACGAGACACUUGGAACAAGAAAGGAAAUCAAUGGCUUGACAUGUCUUCACCUACUAGCGAAAAUGCCAUCUGCUUUUAGGAGUUCAUGCAACAUGGGAAUAGUGAAGAGACUCCUCUAUUAUUGCCUUCCUGCCGAUCUGGAUGAUGAUGAUGAUGAUGAUGAUGAUGAUGUUCAAAACACAUCAAGUCAAAUGGAAGAUUUGGAGAUAGGCCGCCAGGAUAGCAGUAGCCUACAUCAAUCGAACAAACAUUCAUCAGCAAUUUCAAGAAUAUACUGUGCAAUGUGGAGGGGCCUUGCUAAAGGUGCGACCUGA